AUGAACGGCGAUCUCAGCUUGUCCCAAUCAUUGGGCGGCUUGCGCAUUGCAAAUCCGGACGACGACGACACAAACGUACCGAGCACCACCCAUGAGCCCGCAUCCCGCCCUCCGCAUUCGUCACACUCCUCUGCGAGCACGGUGACAGGACGACCUACGCUCCCGACCCUCUCCCACGAUACCCAAGAGCAGCAAGCUGGGCAGUACACAAGCCAUCCAGCAGGAUACAGGCAACCAGGCGAAGCAGCACGGCCACCCAGUGCCAUGUAUUCGCAGCCAAAUAAUUCCUCCGUCAGCUCGGCAAUUUCCAAUACGGCGUCAUAUCGCUACAGAGACAAUGUAGGUCCACCUGAUGCCCGGCAGGCUGCUUUGGCAAGGAGUGGGUCGAGAUCUGCACGGCAGGUCAUGGGAUCAGUACCGCAAAGAGAGAAUAGCAGGAGCUACGGACCGACAGGAGGGAACCCGGUUCCAGGCGGUCUUCCACAGCGAAGAAGCUCACAGAAAAUGCGACCAAGUGGCUCAUCAGCCGGAGGAUAUGACGGAGGAGAUGGACCAUAUGCAGGAGGCGCUCAGCUACCCAGCUCAGCGGAAGAAUGGCGAGACCGAGGAGCAGCUACUGGCACAGUGAGAGAGACGGACGCUUCAGGACAGGUCCGAACACAGCAGAUCAAGAAGGGGGUCAAGGAUUUCAAAUUCGGGAGGACAUUGGGAGAGGGUUCUUAUUCGACGGUACUGGCGGCCACAGACCGGACAAAUCUGAAAGAGUACGCGAUCAAAGUGCUGGAUAAACGACAUAUUAUCAAGGAGAAGAAGGUCAAGUAUGUCAACAUUGAGCGAGACACGCUGAACAGGCUCACAGAGCACCCGGGGAUUGUUCGACUAUACUAUACCUUUCAGGAUGAGCGAUCGCUGUAUUUCGUCUUGGACGUGGCAGCAGGAGGGGAGCUCUUGACAUCACUGAAAAAGCUGGGAUCGUUCAACGUGGAGUGUACACGAUUUUACGGCGCCGAGAUUUUGGACAGCAUCGCGUACAUGCACAGUCGGGGAGUGAUUCACCGCGAUCUCAAACCAGAGAAUGUACUAUUGGACGACAAAGGACAUGUGAAAAUCACCGAUUUUGGUACAGCGAAAAUUCUGGCCGAUCCAAGGCGAGACGGAAUCACUUCGGGAGAUGCCACUGAUGCUUCAGGCUCGGAUCGAGCAGGCUCUUUCGUGGGUACAGCAGAAUAUGUCAGUCCGGAGCUAUUGCGAGAAAAGAGUGCGUGCAAGGCAUCGGAUCUAUGGGCAUUUGGGUGCAUGAUAUACCAGCUUCUUGCUGGUCGACCUCCCUUCAAGGCUGCAAACGAGUACCUCACAUUUCAGAAGAUUAUGAGCCUGGAAUACCAUUUUCCAGAUGGAUUUCCCGACCUGGCGAGGGACUUGGUCGAGCGACUCCUGGUGUUGGAACCGGCACGCAGACUGCCCGUUGAACAUAUCAGGAACCAUGAAUUCUUCGAUGGCAUCACUUGGGGCAAGAAUUUGUGGAGACAAGAGGUGCCCACGUUACGACCAUAUGUCCCACCCGUCGCACCGCCCAUCAAGCUCAAUGGAGCGAGCAGGAGGAAUGGCAGCAGCAACCAAACGCCGACCAAGGCCCCAUCGAAUGCUCCUCCACAACAGACACGGCGACCGCAGCUACUCAACGUCACUGAGCUUGCUCCACCCAGCCAACUCGACAUCGACUGGUCCCCCGUCCUCACCCGCAACAACGAGCGGAUUCUCAAACUCGGAAACCUCAUCGUUACCACAGCCCCAGCACAAGCUAAUAGUCCGACGGGUAAAGGCGGCGACCCGUCUCCCGCAGCCGACAAGCCCAAAUUCUCACGCUUUUUCAGCAGUAAUACCACCAAGAAACGGGAGAGAUUGGUGCUGAUCACGAGUGCCGCAAGGCUAGUCGUUGCUGCGAUGGGAGGUAAUGAGAAGAAGGCCAAGCUGGAGAUCAACCUUGCUGGUGGGGUCACUUCGGGAGCAAAGAGCUUUGUCGAUGGCAAGGGGUUGACGUAUUGGACUUUUGAUACGCGCGACAAACAUUACACCUUUGAAGACCCCCGCGCUACCACCUCGGACCCACAAGGCUCCAAAUACAGCACGCAAGAAUGGCUCGACGCCGUAGAUCUCGCACGGGAAGUCGCCAUCGCCACGUCCCUCACGAAUUCCUACUCUUCCGACUCGAUGCUCAAUGAUGGUGGGGCGGGUACUUCCGGCAUGAUGGACGGCGCAGGCGGAGACCGUGACGCAGCGAUGCCGCUGGGAGGACCGAGUGUUGGCGAUAGGCAUAAUUUGCGGCAUACGUUGAGGAAGAAUACGGACGAUGGGACAGGUGCAGGCGGGGAGAGUUUGAAGGGGCGGAGAAGAUUCAGUAAGCGGCAUAGCAAGAGUGGGUUGGCGGCGGUGUUUUAG